AUGGCGUCCAUGACGCUCAAAACCGCUGCGGCUGUGGCCUUUGUGCUAUCGCAGCCAGCUCUUGCUGCUAUAUUUCCUCUCAGCAUUGCCAACCGUUCCGAAAUCGAGGCCAUACCGUUAGAAAAGCGCGGUGCCAUGGCUGCUUAUCAAAUGUGGGCUGGUGCAGAGAUUCCAUACAUCUUGGAAAAGCUGCCCCACGAUUUGUCGGAGAGUAUCCGCGGUGCCAUGAGGCAGUGGGAACAGUCCACCUGCAUCCGAUUCUUGCCCAAGAAAGACCAAGGUGCCUGGGUGAAUUUCAAGAAAUAUGACGAAGGUUGCUACGCCCAGGGGUUGGGGUCUCCCGGCAUAGGUGAACGCAUAGUGAACCUCGACUACCCAGACAUAUGGGAGAAAAUUGGUGCCUUAGGAACUUAUAAGGCUUGCAUGGAGGCUGGAACUCCUGGACAUGAGCUCGGGCAUGUGAUCGGACUCGCUCACGAACAACAGAGGCCUGAUCGAGAUCAGUAUAUUCGCAUUUUGACAGACCGCAUCCAGGAAGACUUUUUGGACCAGUUCACCAUAGACAGCGAUGCGGAUACUUCUGUGCCAUUUGACUACAACUCGAUCAUGCUUUACGAUACCAAAGCCUUUGCUAAGACAAACAGAUUCACCUGGCUGACAGGUGAAGGAGGCUUGAAGCACACAAUGGAAACGAUCACAGAUAAGCAAAUCAAUCCUUGGAGCAGCCCUACGGCGAAUGACUUCAAAGCCGUCAACGACGCCUACAAAUGCGAGGAGUACUACACACGCACAAUCCCCGAGUGCUUGGCGGGGGCUAUUCCAGCCAACACAGACUUUUCGUCAUACACUUUCAUCCUAGACAGCUACACGGAGAAAUACAUGCGCGAAAACGGUUAUACCCAUGUGGCUGCACACCAGAACUGCCGCGCCAACACACUCAACCAGGACACCGACAACUGGGGUUUCACUCCCCUCAACGGCUGGGGCCCCCGCUCCCCAUACAAGGUCACCACCAACCGCUGCAAGAAGGACUUCGACCGCCACGCUAGCCGCUAUGAGGUUGCUCUUUGCAAAGGAGACAACGAGGGUGCUUGCGAUAUCAAGUGCGGUUUGCGUCGUGUUUGCCCAUACGAUGGCAACAACAAACAAGUUGAUAGUAAGGCUAUUGAUGUUGUGGAUAACAACCUCUGGGUCUGCCAUCCUCACUAG